AUGGGGGUUGUUAGAGAUAUUGGAUUAGACAUCAGCGAAAAUGACAGGUUAGAAUAUGCCAAAGGAGUUAAUCCUGACUGUAAAAUAACUAAAAUGCGCAGAUUGAAUAAAAGAAUUAAAACAAAUGAUAUGAUUUCAUAUGAGCCUACAACCACAAGUGUGGUAACAUUUGAAAGUAACACCCUACCUAAGGAAUUAGUUUUAUUUAAUACAUUAUCCCCGGUUUCUGUGUAUAUUCAACCCGUAAUUCCAUGCCUGAAAUGUCUUCGAUAUGGCCAUGUCAGAGCUCUUUGUAGAGGAACAUUCAGAUGUCAUAAGUGUGGUGAAUCGCAUACUGAUGAACAGGUCUGUGAGGGACCCAAUUGUGUUUAUUGUCUUGAACCUCAUUCUUCUACUGAUAGGACGUGCAAAGAAUACCUCAGACAAAAAAAAAUUAAAGAAUGCAUGGCAUUUUAUAAAAUUUCAUUUUUGGAAGCAAACAAGAAUUCCAGAAUUUCCCCGAAUUUAACUUCCGCCAAUUUUUCUAGCCUAAGUCAGGAUUCACAGAACUUACCUCAGAUUACACUCUCCUCUCCGUUUCUCAGCAGUCAACAGUCAUUCUCUGCAUCAAUUAAAAGUAACGUUAACCAAACAUCUAAAUCUCCAAACCUUCCAAGAAAAUCUAGUUCGGUGAUUCAGAAGAGAAAGGUCCCAACUGGUCCUGGAUAUGAUAGGAAAGCCCAUGAAAACUGUUUAAUAUCUUAUAAACCCUCUAAUAGCAAUGUUUUCCCGACUUUCUCCCAAUCUAAUUCCCAAACGUCCCAUCCCUCCUCUGUGGAUCUUUCCCCCCCUAAGAGGAUGAUAACAUCAGCACAAGUACACCACAGCGCAAACCAAUUAAAUAAUAGGAAUGUAAUUACAAGAAAUUCAGUCCAAACUAGAGAAAGGGUAGAAUCUAUGGAAGAGGAAGACUUUCCUCUCCCUUUCACAGAUUCUGGAGCCCUCUAA